AAAUUACUGCCAUGUCAGUUUAGGAAAAACUUAGUGUUUGUACUGUAUAAAAGUUGCCCUUAAACGGAGAAAGACAUCCAGGUGGUCUUCACAAAUGAGAUAAAACUAAUAUGAAGCACGCAGAAGAAGAGUGUGUUCAAAAAUUAACGGUGAAAAGACUCUUUCUCACCCGUGGAAAACUGAAAGCAUCAAGUCGCACAUCGGCUUUGAUGUCCGGUUUUGCCAUGGUAAGUGUUUUAAUGUUUCAAAUUUUCUAACUUUAGGAAACAGAAUACGACUUUAUUCAAAUUUUGUGAUGUUUAACAGAGAAAAAUUAGCGUGUGGAUCUCUAAUUAUACUGCUUUUUUAUGGAAUUUUUUUGUUUACAAAUGCGUUUUGUUAUGAAUUUAAAUUACUCUUACAUGUUAAUUCUGAUUGUUAAAAGCGAGUCUUUGUUGUUUUGAGAAUUUUAUCUUUUCCACAUUUGCACAGCGUUUUUUCGUUUUCAUCCGUUGCGGAUAGGUUAAUUGUAUUUGGACAAGUUAUAAGAUCUUUGCAUGAUCUUUGCGUCAUGUGGAAGUUGAACAUUCAGCUUUAAAAUAUAACUGAGAUACAAUUAUCACCCAGCACCUGUAAACCCAUAAAAAAAUGUAAGUUUAUUUUUUUAAAAGCAGUAGACUGUACUUUCGGUUAUUUACUGGUGUAAUAAUCCACUUGGGAUGGUGGAAGAAUACUCGGGAAGUUUGUAAAUCACGAGCUGGGGGCGAGUGAUUUACGAACUUUUCUUGUCCUCUUACAACAUCCUGCAUGGCCUGCAUGGACCAUCAUGCUGGUUAACUGACAGAAGGUGCUGUCUCUUGCUUAAAUGGAGCCUGGAUAGGGGACGCAACUCAUCUUGAGCUACAUGAAGGGAUACUCUGUCCGAUGGAGAUACAAUAUUUUUUAGGUCAGAUAUAGAGAGGGGAGAAGGGAGUUCAUUUUCCAUAUUCUAUCAUGUGUAAUGGUCAUCUGGUGCCCUUGAAGAGAAAGUGGUGAGAAGAAUUGCAGUUGUUCCGCCUGAAAGACAAUCCGCUUGAAGUCAAUCUGCCUGAGAAUGAAAGUCGAUCAGCCUGGCAAACAAACAAAUUGCAAAUUACAAAGAUUAUGUUGUUAUUCCAUUCUUUUGAUUUCUUUUAGUAAUGUUUGUAGAUAUUUGUUGACCAUGCUAUCAAAACAACAGCUCAUUCAACUGCUGGAAUAUUUAACUUCUGCAGAACUUCUGCGGAAUGUCAGUAUACAACUCAGCAAAAAUAUUAAACCAUUCAUGUUGUGUUUUAUUACAAAAACUCAUAAAACAUUAGUUUUAUUUAAGAUACCAUGUUAAAGAACUCUACACAAUGCAUAGAUAGGAUGACAUAUACAUUGGGGGAAAUGACUUCAAAGUUUGGGUGGAAAGUUCUUGGGCAGAACGACCGCAUAUCAGUGAGAAAAUGUAACUGCUGUGCUUUAUGACUAGACUUUUCAUGGAGAUUUACUUAAAGGAAGGUGUAUUGUAGCAGUUGCAUUUUCUUUCGGUGUUUAAUGCUGCACCUUUUCAGGAAAAAGGAAUUGAAAGAGGAAAGGGUUUUGACCAUAAGGCAGAGUAUCUGCAUGUACAUGCAAAACUUAAUUUAUUAUCUCAAAAUGCAUCUGUUUACUAUUGUUGCUGUACUAUCCUUCCAUUAAUUGCACAGAACCCUUCAGUGAAGGACCUUUUCCCUGUUUCAUUUCUAGGUAGCCAUGGUGGAAAUUCAGUUAGAACCAGGUAUACCAGAAGGACUUUUGAUAGCAUUCAGUGUAAUGACUACCAUUCUGAUCUCAGUUCAUGUCUUUGCACUUAUGAUAUCUGUCUGUAUUUUGCCAAACAUUGAUGGCGUGGCAAAUAUUCACCAACAAGGCACCCAAGUUGUACGUGAUUCUCCUCAUGAAAAACUUCACACUCACAUUGAAAUUGCAUGGAUUUUCUCAACUGGUCUUGGAACACUUCUCUUUUUAGCUGAGAUUGCUAUACUCUGUUGGGUGAAGUUUUACAAUUACAGUAAGCCUGCGGCAGUGGCUGCUUCUGUGGUAUUAGUACCUGUAUGCAUUGUGUUUGUAUGGUUUGCUGUGCACUUUUACCGAUCUCUUGUCCAACACAAGUAUGAAAGAUCAUUUCAGGGAAUUGAAGAACUUCAACAGAUUGCAAACCAACUACACACAGAUACAGGGACAGCACCAAGCUCACCAGCUGCCAGUCCAUUUCCUAAUCACAGGGUUUGAGAUAGUUUUAACGGCACACACCCAGUGCAUUAUGCUUUUUAUUGCCAUGCUCCUGGUUCUUACUGCACCUCCCAAAAUCUAACUUGCAAUCCUCCCCUUUGCUGCUUCUAUGUUCCUAGUAAAUUUAGACUUAUCAAGAAGAAGUUGUCAUCAUGGUCUAUUGUCAAAAACCCACAAAAGAUUACAAGGAAAUGUGUAGCAGGUAGAGGGGAGAACUAGCAAUUAGAUCUUGGGAGUUAAAGGGUUAAACUACCACCAGUAUUAUCAGUGUGUCAUCAUUGUUGGUCAUAAGUGCAUUGUGAUCUCAUUUGCUCUGACUUUUCUGUGGGGUACUUUUCUUUGUAUAAAGUUAAAUGUGGAAUAGUUAUAAAUAAUUGUAAAAUGCAACAAUGAUUUUUAUUUUAGACAAAGGGGCUUCCAUUUAACACUUAAGCAUGGUGAUGCAAAAUUCCUUUGAUACUGAGCAAAGAACUCUGAAAAAUUCUUAAACAUUAUGUAACAUUGUUUAAGAAUAACCAUAAUUAUGUGAUUUCAUUCUUAAGAAAUUUUCCAAAUCAGGGGAAGGCUUUUUGUAGUUGUUUACUAUGGCUAGUACUUCUGCUGCUGAUUUUUCAAAUUUACCAUGAUUUGGUUUAUUUGUUUCCAUCAGUGAGGUGAUAAUUUAACUUCAGCCUAUUGAAUCAAAGUGGUAUAGGCAUGGACAUUGACAGUAUUUGUAUGAUAAAAAAUUGAUUGAGACAGGUUGGGAAUUGAGGUCCUGUCUAUUCUGUUUAGCUGUAUUUCUCCUUCUUUUGACUAAAAUUUUACAUCUUACAAAGGAAUUGGUAUUAUUUAUUUUUACUGUAUUCAGAACCAGCAUCAACAGAAUACUUUAAUGAAUUGGUAAUGAUUACUGGAGUAUCAAGUAGGUUGCUGUACAAAAUUUAUUAAGUUAUCUUAGGUUAUAUUUAUUUACAUGAUGCAGAUGCAUUGUACAUUACAGAAACAAAUCUAAACCGGAGUAAACAAUCUGCUAACAUUUGUAAACAUUACUGUAAUCUGCAUAAAGCAGAGGGAUUUUCUUGGUGAGAAAAUUGAUCAAGUUGAUUCUUGAAAGACAUUAGGCAAGUCUUUUAAAAUGAAUCCAGAAGAUUCUCCAGAUUGCAAUUGGUUGAUUUCUACGGUACAAAUCUAUACACUAGACAGGUGUUUUUGAAAAACUUGCACUCAAUCCUACCCUGAGUAUUUCCAUGUUCUAGUAUUUCUUCAUGAUUAGUUAAAAAAUUUUAGUCUAAGCUAAAAUUUUGGUAUGGAUAUUUAGCUAUGCUGAUUUUCUUCUUUUAAGGACACAUAUUCAUAUAUCAGGUUUUAUCUGUUACAAAAUUCCUACACCUCUGGCUUUUGUUGUUAUGUACGGUGCAAAAAUAUAGG